CAGUGGCCCUGGUAACAGGUGGAUCAAGUCUCGAUUGUCAGCCAUGUCAGUGUUCUGAAAGCAAACACACCAUUAUUGCAGAUUGUACAAACAGAAACUUGUCAUCCGUUCCCGGUCACCUCCCAUACAAUAUCACAGAGCUGAGUCUGAGUCAUAACAGAAUGACAAAUAUUGGUAAACAACUGAAGAGGUAUACCUCUUUAAAACGCCUGGAUGUGUCAUUCAACAAACUCUACAAGCUCAGGAGAAACGAUUUUGUUGAACUGACAGGUUUACACGUUCUAAUGCUUAGCAAUAAUCAUCUAUCUUUGUGUAAAAGUGUUUAUCCAAAAGGACUGUUCCGGUUCCAGAAGAAACUGAAGGUUUUGAAAAUGGAAAAUAAUUCUCCGGUAGAAUUUGAAGGACAACUUGAUAAUUCACAAACAGAAAUAUAUUUACUCCAGUACCCAGAUGAAACUUUCCAGGAUCUAAUUUCCCUUGAGGAACUUCACAUUGAUGGGCUGAGAAAUCGAACGUUUGGAGAAGGAUUUAAAUACACCAACAUCACGACACUGAAGAUUGGAGGAAACUGCAACAUGAGGGACGUGUUGAAUGAAACAUUCCGCUAUCUAAAGAGAAUAACACACUUAGACAUUACAAAUUGUGAAAUAACUGAUAUUGGUCAAUCUGCAUUUGAACCUCUCCAAAACAUUCACAUGUUAGACAUGUCCCAAAAUUCCGAUCUUGGAUUAGACAAGGCUUCUGCGAGUUUGUAUGGUCUUCGUAAUUCUUCACUGAAAAUUCUAAGAGCAAAUAAACUGUACAGAUAUCGAGGUAUCGGCCAUCUCGUAACUGUGCAACACGUCAAAUACAUGUCUGGUAUGGUCCUUGAGGAAUUACAUUUGGAUGAUAACCGGAUAGAAUUACUGGAUCCUAGAGUUCCCGUCCUCAUGCCACGGACCCUGAAAGUUGUCUUUUUGCGAAAAAACAUGUUUUCGUUUGGUUUGUAUCUUCUAACAAUGACAUCACUGACCAACUUGCAGUUUGUGGAUGUUUCCUCAGGUCAUUUGUCCCAUGCUAGUCCAUUUACAGUACAGUCAGAAGCUCAGCUUGAUUCUUUCCUAACUGACUUCGACGCAAACCCUUAUAUGGAUCAUGACGACACCUCACAAGCUUGGGAAAGUUGUAGGUCAUUGUGUCCAGUCACUAAGUUCACGAAACAUAGUUUUACUCUAUUUGAAGAUCUUUCAGUUGGUGGCCCACCAUGGCCAGGGAAUUUCACAAUUCAUGUUCCACCGAAUGCAACAUAUACAAACGUUAGCAACUCGAAACUGAGAUACACCAUCCCUAGAGUGACAUUUGGUAAAAACAGACUAAAGGUUUUGGAUCUGUCAUAUAAUUUCUUUACACAGGCGUUUGGACCAGUUAUUGGGCUUGAUCAUCUUGAAGUCAUUGAUGCGUCACACAAUUAUUGUGAUUAUAUUGACAGACACUUCUUUGAUUAUUUUAUUUCCCUGAGAGUACUGAACAUAAGCUUCAAUUAUUUUGGCUAUACAUUGCAUGAUGAAACAUUUAGUAAGCUGUUCAAGCUGGAACACCUGGAUCUAUCAAAUAAUAAACUGAGUACUCUUCCAAGGGACGUUUUUAAGGGCUUAGAAAAUCUUCAGUUCUUGAGUGUUGGGUCCAACUAUUUAAAUACGUGGAAUGCCAAUAUUGGGGACCUGAUCAACUUGGAACUUUUAGAUCUCUCCGAUAAUCUCUUUGAGCUGCUUGAUGUAACCUUUAGAAAUCAGAUUGAUGACAAUGGGAGCAAAGGACUGAAAAUGAAGCUUCAUAAAAACCCAUGGACAUGUACAUGUGAAACACUAAGCUUCUUGAAGUGGCUAAACAUCAAACGAAGUAGUGUUUAUGAUGUUCAAGAUCUACUCUGUACAGGGUCAAAUGGUGGCCAGAAAAACAUGAGCAACCUACAAGAGAUCAUAAUGGAACUGGAGAAGAGCUGUGCAUCCUACACUGGGGUGGUGAUUGGGAUGCUCAGUCUCAUCAUGCUGGUCCUGACAUUUGCCGUGACAAGCAUCGUGUACAGAUACAGGUGGAAACUGAGGUACCUCUACUACGUUGCACGGAACCGACACAGAGGCUACCUGCCUGUAGAAGAGGAGGAACAGGAGUUCGAGUUUGAUGCCUUCAUAUCCUACGCUGAUGAGGACCGUGGACUUGUAGUUAGGAACAUGAGGCAGAGGCUUGAAGAGAUGCAAGGUCUAAAGCUCUGUAUUCAUCACCGAGACUUUCUCGUUGGGGAGGCUAUCGCUGCCAACAUCCUGAACGCCGUGAAAUCCAGCAGGAAGACGGUGAUUGUCUUGUCAAGACACUUCUUGAGGAGCUACUGGUGUAAGUACGAAGUGGAGAUGGCUAAGAUGGAGAGUAUCUACACAGGACGGAACACCCUGCUGGUUGUUGUACUGGAGAACAUCCCUUUGAAGGACCUGACCCCUGACAUUGUGGAGUUGAUGCGUCAAGAUUCCUAUGUAGAGUACACGGAUGAUCAGGAUGGUCAAGAAGUGUUCUGGCAAAAUCUGGAGCGGGCAAUACGUGUUUCCUAGGACCAGCUGUUUAUUUUUUAAUUGACUAAUCACACAAUAGUCUUGACAUUUAUGUUUCAUCUAAACGGAAGCGUCAGAAAAUAACAUUUUUAGACAUGUCAGUAUCCAGUGAACAAUGUUUUCUGUGACACAUGAUAAAACAGAAAAAAAGAAUCUGUCGGUCUGACUUGACAAGAGCUGUAAAUAUCAAUGGAACAUAGAAAUGCUAAUUAUGAUCAACAAGCUACAUGGUGGUCAAAUAUCUCGAGCUCAACGACAGCAAAAACGAUUCAAUCUUUUGACUAUCGGAACAACUGCUGAGAUUCCAUUUGGAUUUUCUGAUGACAUCAUAAUAUCUGUCACAAUAAGUAACCUUGCCUUCAUAUGUCAAGACGUCACACGAGAAAGACAUCAAAUUUGUCUGCAAAACCUUUCCACACUCACAGCAUAAGCAAAAUUCGUUUCCUGUCGGAGCUUCAAAUCAACUUUCUUUAAAAUCUGCGUGCCAGCAAAAUGUAGAAAAUCCAAGUCUCUUCAGCCGGAACUGUUUUAAAUGAUCACAUCACCUAUGUCAGGGAUCCCUCGAUUGACUCUCUGUUGAGCACAUCUGUAUUAUAUGACUCUUCUUUUUGUGUGUACAUAUUGUACAUAUUACGAGUGUCAUAUGAUGGAUACUGGGCACAAUGUAUACAUAAUUAGUAUAAAUAUUGCUGAUAUGGGUUAAAGGUAUAUCACUAUGUGCAGGAGGCUAUUAAGUCGCAGGCGUUUACUGCCUUAAAACCAUAAGUACUACUGACUAAGAUUAUGAGAUAAUCAGGACAAAUCCUGGAUUCACCAUCACGGUAAUUCUAGUACACUUCAUUAAAGGUACAAUUUCAUAUAUUUUCGACAAUAUUUUGUUUUAUAUCAUAUACAUUUCAGCAUAUGCACUCACUGAAGCUUCCUCUUGAUGCAAUAAAAGACUAAUAAUCC